ACAAACACUGUGUAGUUGUUGUUGUUGCUAAAAUUUCAUGUAAAAUGUCGUUAGUCCAGAUCAGGUUCUCCAUUUGAACGCACAUACAUAUUUAGAUAAACAUAAAUACCUGUGGUAUGCGUAGCACGCUGUCAACAAGAUAAUUGAACAUUGCGUAUUUUUAGUCUUACCUGAAUUAGCUUAACACGUUAAAAUGGCAGUUCGAGUGCAAAACGGUUACAAAAAGUAUGGAAAUGUAAAUUUCAUACUUAAAAACCUUAACGUUAAUGUCGGUCAUGGAGAAAUAUAUGGACUACUUGGAGCCAGUGGUUGUGGGAAAACUACCUUAAUUUCCUGCAUAGUUGGGCUUCGUCAGCUUGACAUGGGGGAAGUCACGCUGUUUGGCCAGCCUCGUCCGGACAACCUUGGUCGAAUGUGUGGAUACAUGCCACAGGAAAUAGCACUUUUAAACGUGCUGACCAUCAGGGAAACGCUUGAAUAUUUUGGGAUGCUUUAUGCCAUGGAUGAAUUUGAAAUUGAAAAGCGUAUCAAUUUCCUCACCACGUUCCUUGAUCUUCGCAAAAUAAAUCAUCCAAUUCAUAGUUUGAGUGGUGGACAAAAAAGACGCGUUUCGUUGGCCGUGGCUAUGAUCCAUAAUCCAAAGAUCCUUGUUCUUGAUGAACCCUGCGUCGGGUUGGAUCCAUUGUUAAGGCAGAGAAUUUGGGGAUAUCUAGUUGACCUUUCGCGCAAUUAUGGAGCUACAAUACUUAUGUCAACACAUUACUUAGAGGAAACUAAGUCCUGCGAUAAGGUCGGAUUUAUGCGAGGGGGUCGUCUCCUAGAAGAGGACAGUCCGAAAUCUUUACUCUGCAAGUAUGAAGUCGCAACCAUGGAAGGCGCCGUGUUACACUUGUGUAGAAAAGAUGAUAACAAUACCGACGAAGACCCAAUAAGCUUUGCCUUUGAAUCCGUAAAGCUAACGAAAUACAUCUCAAAUUCCAUGUCGACUAAAGUGAUAAGAAAUGACGGGGAGUCCAUUUCACUCCCACGUGUCAAGAGCAACCACGCCAAAAUUAUUCACGCUCUCAACUUGAAAUGGUGGAAUCGAUGUCGUCGGGAUUGGAGGCUUUUAAUUGGAAUGCUGAUCGUUCCAAUUUUCUGUGUCCUCACCUUUGAAAAUAUUGUGGGGCCGGAACCUCACGGCGUAAGAUUUGGCAUCGUCCACAAUAAUCCCGAUUUCAAUAUAAGCGUUCCUAAUCACUGCAAUUAUGACACAUAUAAUAAGUCACAAUGCCUCGGGAAUGUCGGAAUUUGCAAUUUUCUGGACAAAUUUGAGACUGAUAAAUUUAAUUGGGUUCACGUUAAUUCGUACGAAGAUGGAAUGGAUUUAGUUGAAGCAGGAAGCGUUAUGGGAAUAAUAGAGUUCCCACUUGAUUUUAGUGUACACAUGAAAAAUAGAAUGUUGCUGCGUAAUUUUGCCGAUAAUGAAACCAUUCAUGGGUCCACAGUAUCUAUCAAGAUGGACGAAACAAACAACAUACUGUCAUCUUGGGCUCGGAAGAUCAUAGUCGACAAAUACCUGCUUUACAUAGACGCCAUUGCAACGGCUUGUUCUUUCAAUGGGAGCAUACAACCACCAUUACAGUUUUCCGCCAUUUAUGGAAGCAUAGGACUAUUCGAUGUCGUUUCUUUUAUUGAACCUGGUGCAAUAAUUAUAAACAUGUUUUCUUUGCCAAUGUCUCUUGUCAUAAUUUGGACGGAGGAUCGAGUCGCUGGUCUUGAAGGGAGAGACUUUGUCGCCGGAGUGCACCUUUGGCAUCGAUUCGUUUCGAACAUCUUGACUCAAAGUGUUAUGAUCUUCCUGCAAAUUGGAACAUUCCUCGCGUUGAUGUGCCACUUCUACGGCAUGGUGAUCCAUGGUUCACUCGCUCUGGCAGUUGGUUUGGUUUACUCGUCAGCGAUAACCGGGUUGAUGAUUGGUUUCAUGGUUGGGGCAUUGUGGGACAGUGUACUGGACGUUGUGUUCCUCAUAAUUUUUAUUUGUAUUGGUCAAAUUUUUACAACGGGAGUUAUGUGGCCCUUGGAAAUGGCGCCAUGGUUUGCCCGUAAACUAUUCGAGUGCUUCCCUGUUACGCAUGCGAUUGAGGCACUUCGGGCAAUUUGUAUCAGGGGGUGGAGCCUGACGAAUCCUGUUGUUGCCAUGGGCUUCCUACCGGCCGUUGGAUGGAUAACGAUUGCGCUGCUUGUUUCAAUCUUGGCAGAGCGAAAGAGAUAUAACUAGUCUUAAAGUGUACGUUGAAGUAAUAAAUUGAUAACAUCAGUAAAUACAACUUUAUGGGGCGGUAUACACAUACUCACGAAAUUUUACUUGUCAAAUAAAUCAAUGUAAUGUUUGCGUUUAUGAAAAGCAA